GAGAAACUGUUAUAAAAUAUAAGGUAGUUUCUGCUCACCCCCGGCAGAAGUGCAGCAGUUAUCGAUUCGACAACACUGGCGUGUUUCUCAGCUGAGUUUCCCUCAAAAUAUCAGCGAUUCUUAAGCCUUAAGCUGUAGUUCUAUUGGUUGUGUUGAUGUCGUUUCCGGAACAGAAAGGGAGAAUGAUGUGAUUUGCAUCUGCCAGUAACAAACAUAGAUGUCCAAAUCUAGUCAACAGCAAACUGCAAUGUCGGAAGUCAGCUUCAGCGACAAACAAUGGAAAUGUUCAGACGCAAAAAACGGAUAUCUUAAGACUAGCAAGAAUCACACUCAAGAAUCGCUGUUAGGACCAACUUCAGUAUCCACCGUAGUGCAAAUGUCUGGAAGUAGUGCAAAGACCAUGGUGAUGCCACAAUCAAAACCAUCUAAAGAAAAGUGUCUGUUCGCUAUGGUUUUAGCACUGAUCAUAUUCUGCGUUGUGCUUCUAUUAAUGCUUCUAGGUAGUAAGAGAACAGCUUGUUACGAUUCCAAACCGAGAGUGUGCUUAACAGAAGAAUGCGUUAGAACCGCUUCUUCGUUACUAUCAGCAAUGGAUCACAUGGCAGAUCCGUGCAUAGAUUUUUUCCAAUAUGCAUGCGGAACAUGGAACCGGAAGCACGUCAUUCCUGAAGACCGAAGUUCGAUCAGUACUUUUGAAGUUAUGGCCGAUCAGCUGCAAGUUAUUCUUAAAGGUGUUCUAGAAGAACCUUUAACUUUGGAGGACAACGAUGCUACGAGAAAAGCCAAAACAUUUUACAAUACGUGCAUGGACAUUUUUCAGAUCCGUAAAGUGGGCGAUCAACCUAUUCGAGAUGUUCUGGAUUCUCUUGGUGGAUGGCCGGUUACGAAAGUCGACUGGCAACCUCCCAACAGUUCUAUUGAAACUCUUUUGGGUAGAAUUAGAGGAGUGUACAGUGAAGGAUUCCUGGUGGAACAGUGGGUGGGACCGGACGACAAGAACAGCUCCGUUAACAUCAUCCAGAUGGAUCAAAUGGCCUUAGGAUUACCGAGCAGAGAUUACUAUUUAAAGCAAAGUAGUGAAGGCGAUCGACAAGCCUAUCAUAAGUACAUGACAAACAUAGCGGUUCUUCUUGGGGCCAAUAAAACGACCGCUAGUGAUGAGUUGAAGAAAGUGAUAGAGUUUGAACGAAAACUUGCCAACGCCUCUUUGCCAGAACAAGACAGACAUGAUACAAGCACCAUAUAUAGGAAGCUAAAGCUUCGAGAGUUGCAGAAAAUUGUGCCUCAGAUCAACUGGUUAGAGUAUUUUCAUUCGUUUCUGGAUGCUAAUAUCACAGAAGAUGAACCUGUAGUUCUUUACGGAAUACCAUAUUUUGUGGAGUUGGGAAAAAUUCUAUCAGUAACAGACAGAAGGAUCAUUCACGACUAUGUACUGUGGAGACUGGUAAUGUCCUUAUCAUCUCAUUUGAUCGACGAUUAUCAACGCGAAAGAGUAGAAUUUCGCAAAAUUCUACAAGGAGUGUUGAGUGAAAGACAUAGAUGGUCGCAGUGUGUCGAAUGGACCAACAAGAAAUUAGGGAUGGCAGUCGGUGCUCUUUUUAUCCGGGAUAAUUUCAAUCACGAUAGUAAGGAGACGGCUCUUCAGAUGAUCCACACAAUACGAGAAGCUUUUAAUGAGCUGCUUGCUGAUAAUGACUGGAUGGAUAAUGAAACUCGAGCAGUCGCCAAAGAAAAAGCCGACGCUAUGAAUGAACGAAUAGGCUACCCCAAGCUCAUAACUACUAAAGAACAACUGAAGAAAGAAUAUGCUGCUUUGAACAUUUCCCGAAGAGGUUUCAUGAAGAAUGUGUUACAAAUUUUAAAAUUUGAAGCCGAACAAAAUUUGCAAAAAUUGCGGCAGCCAGUUGACAAAGAUAAAUGGUCGACAGAACCAGCUGUGGUUAAUGCGUUUUACAAUCCCAAUAAGAAUGACAUAGUAUUUCCUGCUGGUAUCCUGCAGCCUCUGUUUUACAGCCAACAUUUUCCAAAAUCUUUGAAUUAUGGAGGAAUUGGCGUAGUAAUCGGCCACGAAAUUACACACGGAUUUGAUGAUAAAGGGCGGCAAUUUGAUAAAGAUGGAAACAUGAUGCAAUGGUGGAACAACGCGACGAUACGUGCAUUUCGAGACCGAGCCCAAUGUAUUAUUGAUCAAUAUUCCCGAUAUAAAAUUGAUGAGGUUGGCUUGUAUGUUAAUGGACGGAUGACACAGGGUGAAAACAUUGCUGAUAAUGGAGGCCUCAAGCAGUCGUUCAGGGCUUAUAAAAAAUGGGUAGCCCAAUACGGGGAAGAAGACAGUCUCCCCGGACUCAAUUUGACCCACGACCAACUAUUUUUCCUUAACUACGCGCAAAUAUGGUGUGGGUCAAUGCGGCCAGAAGACGCCUUGACCAAAGUGAGGUCAAGUGUUCACUCCCCUGGUCCUAUUAGGGUUUUGGGUCCCCUGUCUAAUUCCUGGGACUUUGCAAACGCUUAUAAAUGCCCCGCAGGAUCCCCAAUGAACCCCACCAAUAAGUGUAGUGUAUGGUAAGUUAAAAAAUUUAGAAAAUUAUGAGAAUUUAAUAAAAUUACAAAUGUUUGUAAUAAGUGGAGAAGUGCGUUGAGGGAGUAUUAAUGCAGCACUUUUUGUGCACUAUAAAGAAUUCAGUUAGGAUAACUACUUAUAUUGAACUGCCUUUUCGCAAACUACUAAAUCAAUAAAUUAACAUUGAUUCAACAGUCAUCGGUUUAAUCAGAUACAUAAUUAUUUCACCGCUGUGUAGAACAAAUAUUCUGGAUUAAUUGAAUGUGGCUGAUCCUUCUCCAAUAGCUAACGCAUACUCAUUACUCACAUAUUGGUAUACCUAGAAUUUACCUAUACAUAUCUGUACCUAUUCCUAUUUUUAAGUAAUAAAACCACAAAAUAUUUAGAUAUGAUAAUUUGUCGACUUAGUACAUGACUAUGUAAUAACGUUGUGUGUUUUUACACUUUUUAAAUAAAGGACCUUAGUUAUGAUUGAAA